AUGGCAAGGAAGGGUGAGUCGGAAUGGAUAGAAGUUUCAAGAAGGAGGAAGUCUGGGGUAAACAGUUAUCCUCGGUGGGAUAUGGCCAAUGGAGGUCGAGGUGGAGGGAGGGGGAUGGCGCCAACUACGACAUUCUUUAUCACAGAGUUUCCUGAAAAAUAUGGAGCAAAGGAUUUAUAUAACAUAUUCAAAAAAUUUGGGGAUAUUGAUGAAGUCAUAUUACCAUCCAGAAGAGAUAAACGGGGCAAACGGUUUGGUUUUGCAAGGUUCUUUAAUGUAUCUGAUGAGAGGGUGUUGGCGGUUAAGCUUGACAACAUCAUUAUCGAGUCCAGAAAGUUACACGCAAAUCUUCCGAGGUUCAACAGAGAGAGGGUGGGAGGUGUAGAGAGGGGUGCGAUCCAUCAGAAUCAAGGGAGGAUUGGGAGGACGAUGGGGGGAAGAGGUGAGGUGAAAACAAGCAUUCAAAAUGGGCGUAGGAAUAUGGGAGAACUCAAUAAUCCAGGACCUCAUGGUGGUGUCCUUAGGAAGUCUUACGUUCAAACUGUUAAAGUGGACCAAGGCAGACAGCUUGUGGUGGACGGUCAAUUACAUAGCAAGAAGAUUCCAUUUGCUCAUUUGGAGUACAAUGUGAAGGAAGAAGAUCUGAUUCGUUUCCAAAAAGCAUACGUGGGAGUAAUGGAGACUCCGGGAGAAACGUCUAAUAUGCAAGAAAGAUUUAACAAGGAAGGAUACUUUGGAGUUAGGGUUACUCCAUUGGGGGCAAACUUUUGUUUACUGGAGGAAGGCGAAGAAGGUAUUCUGAAGGAUAUCAUUGCAGAAGCUCCAGUUUGGAUCCAUAAAUGGUUCGAUGAAAUCAGACCUUGGCGACCCAACGAGGUUGAUAAUGAAAGAGUAACAUGGUUGAGAGUCUAUGGCUUGCCUUGCCAUGCAUGGCAGGAUAAAGUUUUUGACUUCAUUACAACGUCUGUUGGGGUCUUCAUAUGUGCAGACGAUGAUACGAUAAAGCAAAGGAGCUUCGAUGUAGCCAGGAUUUUAAUCAGAACUAAAUAUUGUUUGGUCUUGAACGAGACCUACAAUAUCUCCAUUAAUGAUAACGUCUUUAGGAUUAAGGUGGUAGAAGAUAACCAUGGUCCAUUGCGAAUUUCGUUGAAUCAUGGAGGGAAGUGUAGUGAUUUGCCUGGUGAGUGUUCAGACGAUGACAUUGAUAGCUGGAGCAAUAAAGAUUCAUAA